AUGCGGGGUCGGCGGGGCGCCGCCGCGCUCUCGGACCCGCCCGGCGCGCCGUCCCGCUCGCAAUCCGCGCGGUUCACGUUCACGGACGACGACCUCGCCCACGUUCUCUGCGCCGCCGAGCUGUCGCACGGCUCCGACGGGCUGGUCCAACCUCACCCGCGGAGCGGGUGCGUGCUGCUCGAUUCCGCCGGCGCGGUGGUCGCGCGGACCUUCCAGAUGGGCCAGGGCGGCGUGCGCUCGGAGGUGCUCGCGGUGCGAGAGGCGGGCGCGCGCGCGGACGGCGGCGUCGCGUACCUCAACUUGGAGCCCGCGCACGGACCGGCCGUCGGCGAGGACGCCGCGGUGGACGCCCUCGUCCGAUCGCGGGUAUCGCGCGUCGUCGUCGGGAUCCUCCACCCGGUCGCGGGCGUCAGGGGCCAAGCCGUCGCGGCGCUCCGCGACGCGGGCGUCCGCGUGGACGUCCUCGGGGAGUUCACCUCCCGGUUCACGUCCGCCGCGGACGAACGCGCCGCCUCCGCCGUCGCCGAGGGCAUCGCGCGGUGCCGCGACGCCAACCGCCAUCUCCUGCAUCGCGUCGCGACGGGCAGGCCGUUUAGCAUCUUCAAGUACGCCAUGACCGUCGACGGGAAGAUCGCCACGACCUCGGGGCACAGCGCGUGGGUCACGGGUCCCGCCGCGAGGCAGCAGGUGUGGGCGGAGCGCGCGAGGUCGGACGCCGUGGUCGUCGGCGGCACCACCGUGCGGCGAGACAACCCGAACCUCACGACCCGCAGGGACGGCGGGCACAGGCCGGCGAGGAUCGUUCGCGUGCGAAAGCCGAGGACCAACCUCUGGAACACCGACGAGGCCAAUACGAUCGUGAUGACAGUCGCGGGAGCUCGGCGCGAGUUCCAGGCGGAGUUGAGGGCGCUCGGGGUGGAGGUGGUGGAGUUCGACGAGCUCACGCCGGGCGCCGUGGCGGACUACUGCGCCAAGCGGGGGUACCUGCAGCUGUUCUGGGAGUGCGGCGGGGGCCUCGCGGGGCCCGCGCUGACGGACGGGGUCUUCCACCACGUGAUGGCCUUCGUGGCUCCGAAGAUCGUCGGAUCGUCGGGGGGACCCGCGCCGAGCCCGGUGGGGGAGACGGGUUUGGAGCGCAUGACUGACGCGCUCGCGCUCAGGGGCCUGGGCAUUCGUAAACACGGUCGGGACGUGCUGAUCAUCGGGUACUUGCCCCCCGCGUCGUCCACGGGCGCGCUGGCGGAGAGCCCGGAAGGAGGAGGCACAAACGACGGCACAGACGCGGCGGGCACGGACGCAUCCAUGCGGUUCUACAAGAGCUGGGACGUCAACGGCGCGUUGUCCAACUUUUCUCCGCAUCCCAUCGACGCGCCGUUGGUGUGGGUAGGACAAACUGAGGACGAUACGGACGCGAAGAACAUGUGCGAGUGGCCGACGGUGGAGCACUUUUACCAGGCGCAAAAGUUCGGCGGCGUCGACGACCCCGACGCGCGGGAGGCGAUGGAGGCGAUUCGCGCGGCGUCGUCGCCGGAGGAGGCGGCGAGGAUCGGGCGCACGUUACAGCGCACGAACCCACGCUUGAUCCGGCCGGACUGGGACGAGUGUAAGGAACGGGUGAUGCGCGAUGCGCUGAGGGCCAAGCUGACUCGCCACGCGGCGCCGAGGAAUCUGCUGCUCGGGUCGAGGGCGGCGGGGCAGUGCGUGCUGGAGGAUUCGCCGACGGACGCGGUGUGGGGGGUGGGACGGGACGGAACGGGCGGGAACCUGCUCGGGCGGCUGCUGAUGGAGCUCAGGGACGCCGAGCUGGCCGGGUGGGACCCCGCGGAUGAAGACUCCGGGGGUGAAGAAUCCGAUGAGGCGGGGUCCGUGGCGCCCGGGCUGACCAGGCUCCUGAGGCGCAUCUCGGACAAGUUCGGGUGA